CCUUUUGACACCGAUUCGGAUGAAAAUGAGAAAAAGAAAUCAUUUUUUGCAUUUUUUUACGCAAUUUUUUCAUUGAAAGUAAAAUAAAAAUUCUGAAAUUGAAUGAAAUAUCAAAAGAACUCAUUUCUUAAUUUGAAUUUAAUUCCUUUUUCGCCAUCCAUUGGAUCAAAUCAUCCAUUCCAAAUUCCAAAUGUUUUCAGUGUCAAAAGUCACAGCUGGAAUUAUGAUGGAGCCAACUUCACGUUGAAAUGGAAAAAAGGUUGAAGUGCGACAAGCAUAUCUCUUACAUUCACACACGUUUUCACGGGUAUUACUCUUCUCUAUUCGGACGUACUAGGCUAUUGCUGCUUGCUGCUGGCACUAUACGAGACGACACAAGGAAAUAUAUUUCACACACCGGAGAGACAAAAAAAAAACGACUAUCAAAAUGUUCAGUUCAUUGAUGGAUGCAGCCCGUAAUUCGCCAUUCAAAGGACCAUUGACUGUGGCCAAUUGUGAUGGUGCCGCUGCACCAGCUGUCGCCGACUCAUGCGAAUUCGGUUCCAACAAAUAUUUCCUUUUGUGCGGUCUUGGUGGUAUCAUCUCAUGUGGCUCAACGCACACACUGUUGACUCCAUUGGAUUUGGUUAAGUGCCGUUUGCAAGUCGACCAAGCUAAAUAUAAGAAUUUGAUCACUGGUUUUCGAUUGACAUUGAAAGAAGAUGGAGCACGUGGUUUGGCCAAAGGUUGGGCACCAACUGCCUACGGUUAUUCCGCACAGGGUCUCUUCAAAUUCGGCUUGUACGAAUACUUUAAAGUCCUCUACAGUGAUCUUAUUGGCGAAGAAAAUGCUUUCCUCUACCGUACCAGCUUGUAUUUGGCCUCUUCAGCUUCGGCAGAAUUCUUUGCUGACAUCGCUUUGUCACCAAUGGAAGCCGCUAAAGUCAAGAUUCAAACAAUGCCUGGAUUUGCUAACAAUUUACGUCAAGCUGUUCCAAAAAUGAUGAAAGAAGAAGGUUUUGGUGCAUUCUACAAAGGAUUGGUACCACUCUGGAUGCGUCAAAUCCCAUACACCAUGAUGAAAUUCGCUUGCUUCGAACGUACUGUUGAAUUGUUGUAUAAAAACGUCGUACCAAAACCACGUGCCGAAUGUACUAAGGGCGAACAAUUGGUUGUCACAUUCGCUGCUGGUUACAUUGCUGGUGUGUUCUGUGCCAUUGUAUCGCAUCCAGCUGAUGUUGUUGUAUCAAAAUUGAACCAAGCCAAGGGUUCAUCUGCCUUCCAAGUGGCCAAGAGCCUUGGUUUCUUCGGAAUGUGGAACGGUUUGGUGCCACGUAUCAUUAUGAUCGGUACAUUGACCGGUUUGCAAUGGUUCAUCUAUGAUGGUGUUAAAGUUGGUUUGGCCAUUCCACGUCCACCACCACCAGAGAUGCCAGAAUCACUUAAAGCCAAAUUGGCCGCACAAUAAAUAAAUUCACCAUGCAAGCAGUGCAACAGUGCAAACUGAGAGCAAUACAAUCGCUCAACGUGUGUCUAAGUUUAAAUGAAAAAAAAAAUUCAUUCAAAUUAGAAAAAAAAAAAUGAAAUAAACAAAAAAUCAAUUGUAUUAACUGUAAAACUAACAAAAAACUACAUCGCUGGUAUUCGAUAGGCGGAUCACACCAAAACACAAAUUGUGCGCAAUCAUUUGGCUAUUUAUUUGAAAUUAGAACAAUUAUACCGGAAAAUAAAAUUUUAUUGGCAUACCAGGGCCAUGUUUUGUUGUCUAACCAAUUCUUUUCAUUUUGUGUUCUUUUUUUUCGAAACUUGUAUCAGGAAUGAACAUUCUAUAUAUAAGCUAAACAUGUGUAUGAAAUAUAAGUUGAUUGAAUGAGUUUCUAGGAACGAAACAUACCAAAAA